UCGCGGGGGGUUGUGGGUAGCUCUCCGGGAGGGAAAAGAAAACUCCGAAGCCCGUCGCGCCGCCCGUCGGGCCGGAGGGGAUGUUCGAGGACGAGCCCCACGCCGAGGGGGCGGCGGCGGUCGCCGCGGCCAGGGAGGCGCUGCAGGCCCUGUGCCAGGAACUGAACCUGGACGAGGGGAGCGCGGCCGAAGCCCUGGAUGACUUCACCGCCAUCCGCGGCAACUACAGCCUAGAGGGAGAAGUUAUACACUGGCUGGCGUGUUCUUUAUAUGUCGCUUGCCGCAAGAGCAUCAUUCCUACAGUGGGAAAGGGCGUCAUGGAAGGAAAUUGUGUUUCGCUCACCAGAAUACUCCGCUCAGCUAAGUUAAGCUUAAUACAGUUUUUUAGUAAAAUGAAGAAGUGGAUGGAUAUGUCAAACCUACCACAAGAAUUUCGUGAGCGGAUAGAAAGGCUGGAAAGAAAUUUUGAAGUAUCUACUGUAAUUUUUAAAAAAUUUGAGCCCAUUUUUUUAGAUAUCUUUCAAAAUCCAUAUGAAGAGCUACCAAAGUUGCCACGAAGCAGAAAGCAGAGGAGGAUCCCCUGCAGUGUUAAGGACCUCUUUAACUUCUGCUGGACACUCUUUGUUUACACUAAGGGUAAUUUUCGUAUGAUUGGUGAUGAUUUAGUAAACUCAUAUCAUUUACUUCUGUGCUGCUUGGACCUGAUUUUUGCCAAUGCUAUAAUGUGCCCAAAUCGACGAGACUUGUUAAAUCCAUCAUUUAAAGGUUUACCAUCUGAUUUCCAUGCUCCGGACUUCAGAGCUGCAGACGAACCUCCCUGUAUCAUUGCUGUGCUUUGUGAUCUGCAUGAUGGACUUCUAGUGGAAGCAAAAGGGAUAAAGGAGCAUUACUUUAAGCCAUAUAUUUCAAAACUCUUUGAUAAGAAGAUUUUAAAAGGUGAAUGUCUCUUGGAUCUUUCCAGUUUUACUGAUAAUAGCAAAGCAGUGAACAAGGAGUAUGAAGAGUACGUUCUAACUGUCGGGGACUUCGAUGAGAGGAUCUUUCUGGGAGCAGAUGCAGAGGAGGAGAUUGGAACACCUCGAAAGUUCACUGCUGACACCCCUUUUGGGAAACUGACAUCACAGGCCAGUGCGGAAUGCAACCUUCAACAACACUUUGAAAAAAAACGGUCAUUUGCACCUUCUACCCCACUCACUGGACGGCGGUAUUUACAAGAAAAAGAGGCAGUCACCACGCCUGUUGCUUCAGCUACUCAAAGCGUAAGCCGAUUACAAAGUAUUGUGGCUGGAUUAAAAAACGCACCAAGUGAGCAACUUCUGAAUAUUUUUGAAUCUUGUCUGCGGAAUCCUAUGGGAAACAUUAUAAAAAUUGUGAAAGAAAUAGGAGAGACUUUUUGCCAACACUAUACCCAGUCAACAGAUAAACAGCCAGGAUCUCACAUAGACUUUGCUGUAAACAGACUAAAACUGGCAGAAAUUUUGUAUUAUAAAAUCCUGGAGACGAUUGUGAUCCAGGAGACACGCCGCCUGCACGGGAUGGACAUGACAGUUCUUUUAGAGCAAGAUAUAUUUCAUAGAUCCUUGAUGGCUUGUUGUUUGGAAAUUGUGCUCUUUGCAUAUAGCUCACCCCGUACUUUCCCUUGGAUUAUUGAAGUUCUCGAUUUGCAGCCAUUCUAUUUUUAUAAGGUUAUUGAGGUGGUGAUCCGCUCAGAGGAGGGGCUUUCCAGAGACAUGGUAAAACACCUGAACAGCAUUGAAGAACAGAUUUUGGAGAGUUUAGCUUGGACUAAUAAUUCUGCACUCUGGGAAGCUCUUCAUGCUUCUGCAAACAAAGUUCCUUCCUGUGAAGAAGUUAUAUUCCCAAAUAACUUUGAAAUAGGAAAUGGAGGAAAUGUGCAAGGCCAUCUCCCCAUGAUGCCAAUGUCUCCAAUAAUACAUCCAAGAGUCAAGGAAGUUCGCACGGACAGUGGGAGCCUUCGGAAGGAUAUGCAACCAUUGUCUCCGAUUUCUGUCCAUGAGCGCUACAGCUCCCCCGCUGCAGGAAGUGCUAAGAGGAGACUGUUUGGAGAUGACCCACCAAAGGAGACACUGAUGGAUAAGAUUAUGGUAGAAGGAACAAAGCUGAAAAUUGCUCCUUCCAGUGUCACUGCUGAAAGCUUAUCAAUUUCCCCUGGGCAAGCUCUUCUGACAAUGGCCACAACCACAGUCACAGGGACGACGGGACGGAAAGUUACAGUUCCUUUGCAUGGUAUUGCCAAUGAUGCUGGAGAAAUCACACUGGUUCCUAUUUCCAUGACUACAAAUCAGGAGGCCACAGCUGAGAGCCCUGUAUCCCUGACUGCCCAGUCACUAAUUGGUGCUUCUCCAAAACAGACCCAUCUGACUAAAGCACAAGAUACCCAUCUGACUGGAAUAAGCAAACCGAAGAGGACUGGGUCCUUAGCACUGUUUUAUAGAAAGGUCUAUCAUUUGGCAAGUGUGCGCUUACGUGAUUUAUGUUUAAAACUUGAUGUUUCAAAUGAGUUACGAAGGAAGAUCUGGACCUGUUUUGAAUUCACUUUAGUUCACUGCCCUGAUUUAAUGAAAGAUAGGCAUUUGGAUCAGCUCCUCCUGUGUGCCGUUUACAUCAUGGCAAAGGUAACAAAAGAAGAAAGAACUUUUCAAGAAAUAAUGAAAAGUUACAGGAAUCAACCCCAAGCUAAUAGUCAUGUGUACAGGAGUGUUCUCUUGAAAAGUAUUCCAGGAGAAGUUGUGGCAUACAAUGGUGAUUAUGAAAUGACCGACGGUGACAUAGAAGAUGCCACAAAAACUCCCAACUGUUCCAGUGAAGCAGUGAAAGAGGAAAGAGGUGAUCUUAUCAAAUUCUACAAUACUAUCUAUGUAGGAAGAGUGAAGUCAUUUGCACUGAAGUAUGAUUUGUCCAAUCAGGACCAUAUAAUGGAUGCGCCACCCCUGUCUCCUUUCCCACACAUUAAGCAGCAGCCGGGCUCCCCCCGCCGCAUUUCCCAGCAGCAUUCCAUUUACGUUUCUCCACACAAGAAUGGAUCAGGCCUCAGCCCCAGGACCGCACUGCUGUACAAGUUCAGCGGCAGCCCUUCUAAGAGUUUGAAAGACAUCAACAACAUGAUAAGGCAAGGUGAGCAGAGGACUAAGAAGCGUGCGAUAGCCAUCAGUGGAGAUGCUGAGUCACCUGCCAAACGGCUCUGCCAAGAGAACGAUGACGUCUUACUUAAGCGACUGCAAGAUGUUGUCAGUGAAAGAGCAAACCAGUAAUGCCACCCUUUGCCUGGAGAAAGCACUUUUGGAUUGUUCUGGAGAAAGUUGGAGGCUCUGUCCUUCACAUCUUUAUCACUGGGUUAUACAAAAACUUGCACCAAAAGUAAGCUUUUUAAAAGCAUUUAUUCACCCUGUAUAUCUGACAUACAUAUAUAUUGAGGUAGAUUAGAAAAGAAUGUUUUAAGUGCCUUCAUAAGUAGUAAUAAGAUUUUUUUUUUUAAGUAUUUGUUCCUAGGGUUGCUUUUUAGGGUGAAUUAAGGAGGAACUAUUUUUUAACUGUCUUUUUAAAAUGAUCAAAUGUCUCCUGUGCUUUUUAAUAUUCAGUCAGUGAGUCUCUGAGAUACUUGUGCUAUCUGCCUGUGUUGAAGGUAGGCUUAGCUCCCACAGUAGGAGAGCCCACUGAUGGUCUAGCCUGCCUCGGGCCUGCUGGAGCAGCUGCACCAGCCUGCGGGGCAGGCUGUGCCCUGUCCCUCCUCUCCUCUCACUGACUACAAGCUGCUUUGUACCUGGGCUCUUUAUACCUUUUAGCUUGAUGUUACAACCAUAUAAAAGGGACACUCAUUUUUAAAACUAUGAUUCUCAUGAUAUUGCCUUAAUUAUUUUAUAUGAUUGUAUUCACUUAUAUAGUUCUCAAAAUAAGAAACUGCUUCUUAAUGUAGGAGAAUAAAAUUCAGAUAAAUGAGAAAUUAAAUUUCCUAAUUAAAAUAGCAUUAUGAUAAGAUCAUUCAUUCAUUCAUUCAUUCGUAUUGGCACAGUGGGACAUGCCUAUAAUUCCAGCACACAGGAGGAUUGCUGGGAAUGUCAGGCCAGCAUGGCUACAUAGCAAGAUCCUGACUCAAAAAGCUAAAUUAUUCAAUUCCCAUUGUUGAUUUAAUUUCCUGAAAAUAUUUGAAGCUUUCACACUAAAAUCGCUUCAUGCCUUGUAAACGAAAUGCUUCAGUUUAAGAGCUGCUUUUCCUUUAUUUUGUAUCGCCCUUUGUUCCAGUAAUUAUGGUUUCUCAUGAGUUUCCCCUGGGGUGUAACUUCUGGGUCCCCUUGAGGAUCUUUCCACACUGGAGGUUUACCCUUCUGAAGAAUCAGGUCGCUAGUGUUCACCUUGUCUUCCGUGUGUCUAGCCUCGGAAGGAUGUGAGAAUAAUCAGGUCGCUAGUGUUCACCUUGUCUUCCUUGUGUCUAGCCUCGGAAGGAUGUGCAUAAGCCAUUUAAAUAGUUAGAUGAUGUGUCAGUAUAAAUAUUUUUAGCUGCAAACCUUAUUUUUUAAAAUAUAAAGUGUGGGCUUGGCAGUCUAGCCCAGCGUGUCUGACAUGUCCAAUGCUAGAUAAUUUGAAUUAGUUUAAGAUUUGGCUGCCAAUUAAUGAUGAAUGGUAACCAAAGUUUUAUUUUUAAAUUUUUAAAAAAGGUUUGGGUUAUGUUUUGCUUUCUGAAAAUUGUAUUCUGUGUUUUGUGUAGUAUCUACACGUGUUGUAAUAAGCCAAAUAAUAGUCUGUCUUGAGUCCUUGUACAUAUUUCUGUGUAGCUAUAACUACUGUAUCAGUUUUAUUAUUAAUGUACAAAAUAUAAAUGUAGAUUUACUCAGUAACUAUGUUAAAAAACUUAAGACAUGAAUUUGCCAAUUUUCAGGACUUUGUAUUAAUGUAUAUAAAAUAGUUAAUAAAAAUUAGAAUUUUAAAAACAAACAA